AUGGCAGAACAAAUAAUUAACCCUAGUACAACACACUCAACUAAAGUCGCUGGCCAAGGUUACGAUUAUACCAUCGGACCUACACAAACGCUUCCCAACACAUCUACAGCCACUACUUCAGGCACUGGAUUUGUGGUACCGACCACAGGAAUAUAUGGUCAAUCGCUUAUUUCCAAAGAGAAACAGGUCUCUCUAUCAGCAUAUGCAUUCUUAUUUCAAUCAAUUGUAUCCUAUCAUCGUGAUUCUUCCAAAAACGUACAGGAAAUCGAACGGAAAUUAAACAGCUCAGGAUAUACCAUUGGUAUGAGACUCACAGAAAUACUUAAUUUCAGAGAUUCAGUACCAAAUAAAACAGGCCUUACAAACAUGGACAGUGUCGCUGGGACGAUAACAAACAUGAAACGUCGCAAUCUAAAGAUUCUCGAAACUUUACAGUACAUCCAUUUGACCGUUUGGCAAUACCUCUUCUCUAGGCCCAGCAAUGACUUAGUAAAAUCAUCAGAACGUGACAAUGAGUACAUGAUCAUUGACAAUGAGCCAACAAUUUCACAGUUCAUUCAGCACACUUCAGUUCAAUGUGAAUCCUUCACUUGUGGAAUCAUCGAAGGUUUCCUAGAUAUGGCUGGAUUCCCAUGUCACGUGACAUCUCAUUUCGUUGAAGAGACGGGCUUCUCAAAUAGAACAGUUUACCUGAUACAAUUCGAUAAGGCUGUAGUGGAAAGAGAGAACCUCAGGCAAUGA